UUGUGUUAAGCGGAAGCAGAGGCGACGUGUCCGUCAGAAGGGAGCGGGGAGCGCCGCGGAGAUGGAGGGGCUGUACCAUCAAACCAACAACUGUGCUGCUGUUUUCUUUAAGAAGGAAGUGACACAGCAUGUGUACAAGAUGUGUACCUGCAGUGCCCCAAAGAUGAUACAAGUCCAUGAAGUCCAGUCCUACAUGGGACGUCUGGAGACUUCAGACAAAGAGUCUGUACACUUAGUAGAAAAUGAGAUUCAGGCAAGAAUAGACAAAGUAUUCAGCAACUUGGAACGUUUGGAAAUCCUGUCCAGCAAAGAACCUCCCAAUAAACGACAGAAUGCUAAACUCCGAGUUGACCAGCUGAAGUAUGAUGUUCAGCAUCUGCAGACAGCUCUGAGGAACUUUCAGCAUCGUCGUUACAUCCGGGAGCAGCAAGAACGACAGCGAGAAGAGUUACUAGCACGUACAUUCACUACUAAUGACUCUGACACCACCAUACCGAUCGACGAAACAUUACAGUUUAAUGAAUCCCUGCAGAAUGCCCAUCGUGGCAUGGAUGAUCUUAUUGGCAGUGGGACCAACAUUCUUCAGGGGCUGAGGGACCAGAGAGUGACAUUAAAGGGAACUCAAAAGAAGAUCCUGGAUGUUGCCAACACGUUGGGCUUAUCCAAUACAGUAAUGCGGCUGAUUGAGAAGCGAGCCUUUCAAGAUAAAUACUUGAUGAUUGGGGGAAUGAUUGUGACUUGUGUAAUUAUGUUUCUCAUCGUGCAGUAUCUGACAUGAGUUACUAAACUAUUGCCCAAGGAUAUUGUCUUCUGGAGCAAGAUGGACUACCCUCCAAAUGUACUUUCCUCUGAGUGCUGCUUUGGAUGAGCCCUUCCUGAGAACUUCAGAGUUUACAAAUCACACUCAGACACGUCAUGUGGAAAGCGUGUAGGGGAUCAAAUUUAUUUGGGGACAGUGUAGAUCAGAAUGACCCUGUAAAAAUAUCUGUGUCCAUUACCACUUUCACCUUAUUGUCUGUUAAGUUUAAGAAUCUGAUUAAGUAGGAAGCAGAAAUGAAAAUUUUGUCCUUGUUUUGCAAGGUAGGAAUGUUUUUUUUUUUUUUUUCUUUCUUUUUCUUUUUAGUUAGAUAGGGAGAAGAGAAUGCGAAGGCAGAGCAUGAGAGGACAUGAGCCUUUUCUUUGCAGGCUAGAAUUGACCCUGGUGAGUGUGUUAUCUGUUAAAGGAAUUCUCUCACUGAAGAGACUUCUGCAUUAUUUGUGGGUGCACUCCUGCAGUGUAAGAGUGCAAAAAGUGGUGGAAAGCGAAGGAUUCCCGUCUUUCUUUUGCUUAGAGGGAGGAAGGACUUGUAAGGAGAGGUUCUGACUCUAAAAGCACGGUAAUAAUUUCUGCUGAUAUUUUUUAUAUACCCAUACAAUUCUAACCAGGGCAAACCUUUGUGGUUUAGGCUGAAAUGAAGUAUGUUUUGGUAGCUUUGCUCUGCUGCUUCCUAGCUGAAGCUGAAUGCUAUACUCAUCCUGCUUCCUGACAGCUACAGAUCACUGAGUCAUCUCACUGUGCCCAGUACCAAAUCCAACCUCCGAAACCUGACGUUUUUGGUGCUAAUGGACAUCUUGUUUUGAAUUUGUUACCUGAGAUGUUUAAGGUUGUGUGAUCUGUAGCCAGUGUUUUUGGAUUUGGUGAAGCAGGUAAGUUUUUGCUGUGUUCAAAUAGAGAUCGGUCAUUUUUGUAUUCAUAGAGGCAGAGUGGGCUCUCUGCUGUUUUUGUUUUUAAUUCAGAGUAGCAGUGGGAUCAGGGCAACAAACCUCUCACUUAAAACCAAAUGUCAUCAGAAGAGUUUCCUGAACCGACGUGAUGGUAAAAUUUCCUCUGUCUCCCUGGGAAGGCUGGUCUUUGCAUUAUUCUUUAUACUUGCAAAUUUACUGUGAAGGACAUUUUUACAAAAUAUCAUCUCACAGAGAUGAUAUCCAGCUUAGAUUUUAUAUUCCUUGACUGUAUAGAUAUUUAUCCACAUUUAAACAUUCACAGUUAUGAAAUGUCUCAUAGUUUAAUUACGGUACUCAUUUCCCUGCAAACUUUGGAGGCUGUUGAAAUGAUUAUCCUGAGAUCUCAAACAGCCUUCCAUUUCAAACAGUCUCCAGAUACGUUCUUAUUUUGAAUACAAGUCAGGAGUAUUUCCAGAUGUUUGACAGAGGCAUGGAAAUUUCACGUUUGGAUGAUGUGGCAUUCUGCUGGGAAUUCCUCCAUCGUUUCUGUCUGGAAGGGUUGUAGGUCUUUUAAUUAAUAACACUUUACAAGUGUUUUAUUUGUUCCAAUAAGCUUUGCUUUCAUAAUUAUGUAGCUUGUUGCAAACCUGAUUUUUUUUUAACAGUUAAUAAUACAAUUUCUUCAAAUUCUGCUAGUAAGGCCAAGUGAAACAGGUUUUAACAGUGCUUGUUUACCAUUGCUUAAGUAUUGAGUGAUCUGUGUGCUGUGACAUCUUUAAAGUCCAGACGAGACUAUCCAAUUUGAUCAGCCAUCUCCAACCUAUCGGCUUCAUAUUUGGACUCCAGGAAAAACAACAUGUCAGUGCAGACCCAGCAGUGGAGGAGGCCAAGAUGCCAUCAGUGCCUGGACAAUCUCAUCAAAUGGUUCAACAGAAGAAAGCAGACAAGCUUAAAUGCUCACUGAACAUCCUAUGUGCUGCACACAAAUUCUGGCUGGCUGUUCUGUGGAUGGUUUUCAAGUGCUUCAUGCUCUUUGUCUUCUCAGUCUGCUGCACUUCCUCAAGAAAUCACAUUAGCAGACCGUAUAUGGAAUCAGUUUAUGUGUAAGCCAGGACUAAGGAAUUGAAAAGAAGAUGUCUGCAGUGAGAGACCAUCUGUCUUAGUGUACUUUAUAAAUUACCUUAAGUUUAUUUAAGUCUGAAAUCUAUUAUAACACACUCAUUAGAUCAUUUGCUAUUUCAUUGAUUGGACACCUUGUAAAGAGAUCGCUUGUGAAUCUUUUCUUCCUGAUGAACAGGUCCAUUUCCACCUUUGUUUUAGUUUAUGGUUUAGUGUUUGUACAAUUGUGCCUUGCUGCAGCAGGAUUUGUCUCAUACCAAGCUGAGGACUCCAGUCAAUUUGUUUUCCUUUUCAGAUGAACGGGAUUUUUUUUUUUUCUGUUUUGAGAUUAGAGUAAUAUUUUGAUACUUGCCUCUUCAUUUAUUUUUCCUCUUUUAGAAUCUCCUCAUGUGGGCUGAUCUCACUGCUGUAUGUAGUGUCUUUGCUAUUCACUGUUGAGAUGUAGAGCUUGAAGAAAUCACUUCAGUAAAUGGAUUUGAUAAUGUGUAACAUCAGGCAAAUUUGUACUAGAUGUUAAGUGCAAAAUGACUUACAAGAGUAUCUGCCAUCUCAGACGGUUAAUGUAAACCUUUGAAAACUCCUGUCAUUACAUUGUGCCACAGCAAAAGCAAAGGUAGGAUCAACAUUUCUGCUGGUGUGAAAUGACAGAACUGAAACUCUGCUGGCAUUACCAGUGGUGCUGCAACAGGAAGUUUCCUUUCCUACUGAAGACGUUUCUUCUGCUUGUGAACUUCUGUGGAACAGAAGGUGUUCAGCAGUUGAAUGGACUGCUCUAUGCUGAGAGGGCAUUGUGGGAACUAACUUGGAAAAAUACUCCUUUUAAUCAGUAUUUCAUGUGUAAUGGGACAAGGGUGAGACAUGAUGUGAUUCAAAUUAAGGAUAGUACAGGAAGAGCUUGGAGGGCAAAAUGUGUCUGUUGAGUGUAUUUAUAACAAGAGAUCAAACUGAUUAAGGAUUAAAUUACUUUUUCUUGCAAUU